CAAGCAGAAGCAAAAAUAUCGGGGAAUGUUACUUUUGGACGACACAACUAAUUCAAGCAACCAGAAAACUCCAAAAUCAAAUAACCAUGAACCUAGCGGGAUCCUAGAAUUGAAAUUCUAUGAUCUACAUACUAUAGCAGCGGCAACGGACAAUUUCUCUGUCAAUAGAAAGCUUGGAGAAGGAGGUUUUGGGCCAGUUUAUAAGGGUGAGCUAUCGAAUGGACAAGAGAUAGCAGUCAAAAGGUUAUCAACGAACUCAGGACAAGGAGUCAUUGAAUUAAAAAAUGAGGUGUUGUUGAUUGCAAAACUUCAACACAGAAAUCUUGUGAGGGUUCUAGGUUGUUGCAUUGAGAAUGAGGAAACAAUGCUCAUCUAUGAAUAUAUGCCAAAUAAAAGCUUGGACUGUUUUAUUUUUGAUGAAACUAGAAAAUCAUUGUUGGAUUGGAAAAAACGACAUAAAAUCAUUGUUGGGAUUGCUCGAGGGAUCCUUUAUCUUCAUCAAGACUCUAGGUUAAGAAUAAUUCAUAGAGAUUUGAAAGCCGGCAAUAUUCUUCUAGACGAUGAGUUGAACCCAAAAAUCUCGGACUUUGGUAUAGCAAGAAUAUUUGGAGGAAAUCAAAGCGAAGCAAAUACCAACAGAGUGAUGGGAACAUACGGCUAUAUGUCACUUGAGUACGCUCUAGAUGGUCUCUUUUCAGUGAAAUCUGACGUCUUUAACUUUGGAGUCAUAGUAUUAGAGGUUAUCAGUGGCAAGAAGAGCUAUGGUUUUUUUCAUGAUGAUCCCUACUCAAAUUUGAUAAGUUAUGUGUGGAAGCUUUGGAGCGAGGAUAGGGCCUUAGAGAUAAUAGACUCUUCAUUGGGUGAUUCAAGUCCCACGCGUGAGAUUCUCCGAUGCAUUCAAGUGGGGCUCUUGUGUGUCCAAGACAGCGCCAUGGACAGACCAACUAUGUCGAGUGUUCUUUUCAUGUUAAGUAACGAAACAGAUCUUCCAUCACCGAAGCAACCAGCAUUUACUGUUCCAAGAAGUCAGAACAGGUCUACCGGAACAAGGUCAUCUUCUAUAAAUUCAGUUACAAUUACUGCGCUUGAAGCCCGAUAAACCUAGUAGUAAUUGUAAGAAGUUCGUAUAUAUAUUGUAUACUUGUAACCUACAAGCAGCCAGACUACUUAUAGUUGUAUUGGGAGAAACGCGAAUGCACAACUUUGUGGUAUGCUGCAUGUAGCUAGAUUGUUACAAUUAGGGACUAGAUACAUGUGCCAGAACAAUG